ACAUACAUUAUACACAAAGCAAGGAGAUGGGAAAGUUUAUGAACUGAAUGGAGGCAGGAGAAUCGUCGGCUAUGAUUUGUCAUUAUAAGUGUAUCAGCUGUGGUACAGAUGCUAGUAGUAUCUACAAAGACUACAAAAAUGGAAUUAUAAAAAUGGAAUAUUGUGUACAGUGUAGAGAUCUGAUUGACAAAUACGUAGAAUAUGACCCGGUAAUCAUCAGUUUAGAUGUCCUGCUCCUUAAAAGGGAAGCGCUGCGUCAUGUACUGUACAACAGCCAUAUGCAGGGUUACUGGAAGUACGUCAUCUUAUUAGUGAUCUGUGAUGCAUUUGUCAAGUUGGCACUCCAGCGAGCCAAAGGGGAAAUAACUCCAGUUAAUCCAACCUAUAUUAUCUACUCUGCCAUGGAGUGGGGCCUUUAUAAGAACUGGUUACUGGCAGUUGUGGAAUUGACAUCCCUAGUGUUUUUCAUAUGUGUUUUGGUUCUGCUGUUUUCCUUAUUAAUUUCCUCCAAAAGAUCUGCUGGGCCAAACAGCUGUAAAGAUCUCGUGCGAUCUGUUGUACUCUCUACCUUCGGUAAGGUUUUAGUGAUACUAGCUGUAUUGUGGGGAACCAAGAACAGUCAUCUCUACAUCCAACUCAUCAAGGCCUACAUAUGUGCUGCCAAUGUGCAGGCUCUCAGAGUCUGCCUGCCUGGUUGGAGGAUUCCAUCUGUAGCUGCCAUUUCCAUUGUUGGGCAUUUGUCCUCAGCGUAUGUAACUAAUUCUGUUCAACGCUAUUUGUUUGGAAGUUGAUACCGAAAAUCAUUGUCGAAACAAAAGGAAAUCGGACAGUAUGUCUUUGACACGGUUAUCAAGUGUAAAUCAGGCUAGGGACAGUGAAUGUGAAAACAUCACAUGACUGACUUCCAGCUUGAGAUUCGGGGAAUGAUGGGAUUGAUAGCCUGUAUCAAUUACAGUCAUUCUUGUGCAUGGAUCGGUUUCCGACAGAUUAACAAAGUUUCAGACUAAGAAUUAGAGGUUUGAUUGUGAUACACUUUGAAUUGUGACUCUUCUUAUUCUGGCCUGUGAUUCCUUCAAGAAGUAUAGCUAUAGGUGUAACUUUUGCCAUAUUUUUAGAUUAAUUGUGACGUAAACCUGUAAAUUGCGACAUUGACCUGUAAAUUGUGACAUUGACCUGUAAAUUGUGACAUAAACCUGUAAAUUGUGACAUUGAUGGUUGGAAUUGAAAUCUGCUUUUGAUGUAAUCACUUUAUUACAUGUGCAUGUAUACCUUUUACUUGUCAUCAAGUUGCUCUGUAACUUUUUUAAUAACUGUUGCAAUAUGAAAGACUAAAUGUGAUUUUGUCACAAAGUAAGUAAUAAAAAGGAAAAGCUC